UCCGCCGGUUUCCAAAUCUCCAAAGCAAAUAAUCUCACGUCAUGUGGCUUGUCAUAUGUUCGAAAACUAUUUAAUUUUCGACAGAAGUAAAUAGUUGUACUUUGUACGUUUCUGUGCCUAGCAACACGAUGGGUAUUCAAGAAGUCUUCAGUUAUAUUGAUGAUCAUAAAGCAGAUUUUAUCAAAGCUUUGCGUGAAGCUGUUGCAAUUAAAAGUGUGUCUGCAUGGCCAGAUCAAAGAGAAGAUGUCGUGAAGAUGAUGAAAUGGGCUGCCAGUUAUUUAGAAAAAGAAGGCGCUAAAGUAACCCUUGAAGAUGUUGGGCAGCAAAAAUUGGCAGAUGGAAAAACCAUCCCCUUGCCUCCUGUCCUCCUUGGUGAAUUGGGAAAAGAUCCAAAAAAGAAAACAAUUUGUAUUUAUGGACAUCUUGAUGUGCAACCUGCUUUCAAGGAAGAUGGAUGGAAUACUGAGCCAUUUGAAUUGAUUGAGAAAGAUGGAAAGCUGUAUGGAAGAGGAUCAACUGAUGACAAAGGGCCUGUUUUGGGUUGGCUUCAUGCCAUCACAGCAUUUAGAGAAACUGGCCAAGAAAUUCCUGUCAAUUUAAAGUUUUGCUUUGAGGGCAUGGAAGAAUCUGGCUCAGAAGGCUUAGAUGAUCUAAUACUUGCCCAGAAAGAUAAAUUUUUCAAAGAUGUUGACUUCGUUGUGAUAUCUGACAGUUAUUGGCUCGGAAAGAAGAAACCUUGUUUAGCAUAUGGACUGAGAGGACUGGCUUACUUUUUCAUUGAAGUGGAAUGUGCCUCCAAAGAUCUGCAUUCUGGUGUUUUGGGUGGUGCUGUCCAUGAAGCAAUGGCAGACGUCAUUGCUUUGAUGAAUUCUUUAACAGAUGCAAGAGGAAAUAUUUUAGUUCCUGGAGUUAUGGAUGAUGUUGCACCUGUCACACCAGAGGAAGAAAAAUUGUAUGAAAAUAUUGAUUGUGACAUGGAAGAGUUCCGUUGCGAUAUAGGAUGUAACAAGUUGGUUCGUCCAGACAAGAAGAAAACCCUUAUGAGAAGAUGGCGUUUUCCUUCUCUCUCAUUACAUGGUAUUCAAGGUGCAUUUUAUGGAGAAGGUUCCAAGACCGUCAUCCCUGGUAAAGUGAUUGGUAAAUUUUCUAUACGUCUUGUCCCCAAUCAAGAUCCAUCUCAAAUUGAAAAAGCAGUGGUCAAACAUUUAGAAAAACUUCAUGCUUCUAGAGGAUCGCCCAACAAACUAAAUGUAAUUUUAGGACACAGCACUAAAGCAUGGAUGUGUGAUCCUCAUGAUCCUAAUUACACUGCUGGUCGAAGAGCCAUGAAAAGAGUGUUUGGAGUGGAGCCUGAUUUAAUCAGAGAAGGAGGAAGCAUUCCUGUCACACUUACUUUCCAGGAGGCUACAGGCAAAGGUGUAAUGCUUCUUCCUAUUGGAGCUAGUGAUGAUGGUGCUCAUUCCCAAAAUGAGAAGAUUGAUGUUUAUAAUUACAUUGAAGGGACAAAAGUAUUGGCAGCAUAUUUACAUGAAGUGUCCCAAGUAUGAUUCUACGUAAAUGUAUAUGUACACAUGCAAGAUUACAGCCUACAACAUUUGUUCAUUCAUUGAAUAACUUAUGAUUGUUAAAAUAAAAAUU